CGAUGUAGGGGUUGAGUGAGUUUGAGGUGAUUGUAUACGUCGUGGAAAAACAGUAUGAUUCUCCUUUAAAAAUGGUGAAGUUAUAUGCACUGACUGUUCUAUGUAAAAGUCCUCCGUCGGCAACGACGCUGAAAGCUGCUUAUGAUGUAGAGUCGUUCUCAUUUUUUCAAAAGAAUAGUAUUAAAGAAUUUAUGUGUUUUGUUAGUAAAACCAUUGUAGAAAGAACACAGACAUGUGCCAGGCAAAGUGUCAAAGAAGGAGAAUACAUGUGUCAUGUGUAUGUACGAGCUGACAAUCUCGCGGCAGUUCUCAUCUCGGAUCAUGAAUAUCCUAGGAGAGUAGCACAUACCCUAAUCACGAAAGUGAUGGAAGAGUUUACAGCAAAAUAUCCACCAUCGACAUGGUCCUCACUCAGAGAAAUCACUGCAGAUUUUCCACAGAUCAAUACGUAUCUAGCAAAGUAUCAGAAUCCAGUUGAGGCGGAUGCGCUCACGAAAAUGCAGAAUGAUCUAGAUGAAACCAAAAUUAUUUUGCACAAUACUUUAGAAGCUGUGCUGCAAAGGGGAGAGAAGCUGGAUGAUCUAGUCUCUAAGUCGGAAGGACUCAGCGCUCAGUCGAAAGCGUUUUACAAGACCGCACGGAAAACUAAUUCUUGCUGUAGUUUAGCUCCUUAGAAUGUUUUUUCCUCUUUUUUUUUU